AAUGGCAAAGGAUAAAUAGGGGGAGAUAGAUGUAGAUAACAUAAUCGAGAGAUUAUUAAGUGUCAGAGGGAGCAAACCAGGAAAAAAUGUAAAUUUAACAGAACCUGAAGUUAGAGGUCUUUGUAUAAAAGCAAGAGACAUUUUCAUAAGCUAGCCGAUAUUAUUGGAAUUAGAGGCACCUUUAAAGAUUUGUGGUGAUGUGUUAAUUUUAAUGAUAUUAUAGGCGAUGUACAUGGUCAAUAUUUUGAUCUUCUGAGAUUAUUUGAGUAUGGUGGUUAUCCUCCUGAGAGCAAUUAUCUUUUUUUAGGUGAUUAUGUAGAUAGAGGUAAACAAUCAUUAGAAACAAUUUGUUUAUUAUUGGCAUACAAAAUUAAAUAUCCAGAGAACUUUUUCCUUUUAAGGGGUAAUCAUGAAUGUGCAUCUAUCAAUAGAAUAUAUGGUUUUUAUGAUGAAUGUAAGCAAUAUCAUUAUAUAUUAAGGUAAACGUCGAUAUACAAUUAAAUUAUGGAAAACAUUCACAGAUUGCUUUAAUUGUCUACCUGUGGCAGCAUUAAUAGAUGAAAAGAUACUAUGUAUGCAUGGAGGAUUAUCACCUGAACUAUCUAAUUUAGAAUAGAUAAGAAGAAUAAUGAGACCUACUGAUGUACCAGAUACAGGACUCUUAUGUGAUUUACUUUGGUCUGAUCCAGAUAAAGAUGUCUAAGGAUGGGCUGAUAAUGAAAGGGGUGUUUCAUAUGUUUUUAGUUAAGAAAUUGUAUAAGUUUUUUUGAAAAAGCAUGAAUUAGAUCUUAUUUGUAGAGCCCAUUAAGUAAGAACAAUUAUUAUAUUAGGUAGUUGAAGAUGGAUAUGAGUUCUUUAGUAAAAGAUAAUUGGUAACUUUAUUUUCAGCUCCAAAUUAUUGUGGUGAGUUUGAUAAUGCAGGUAUUUGUAUGAAGUCUCAUAUGCAGGUUCUAUGAUGACUAUUGAUGAAUCCCUUAUGUGUUCGUUCCAAAUACUAAAGCCUGCAGAAUAAGGUGCUCAAGGUGCAUCAUAAUAAAACAAACCUCCUAGUGCCAAGUUUGUAAACUGAU